CUCGUGGUCCACACUGUCGAGAUUCCAAAGAGCCAACAUCCGCCAUUAAGAAGCCAAACCCCCUUUCAUUCUGACGAGGAGCAAAAAUAUUCAAUUCGGACGCGUCAGUUGUUGUUGACCGCUCACACCUCAACGGUUACACCAGCACACGAGAUAUCGCGGUUCGGUUCGUUCUGUGGCUUCCACACUACUCGCUACUCUGCAACAAUGGCGACCGCGGCUGCGACCCCGACCGGCCAGAGGAGCACGUGCGGCAGCGGCACUCCGCUGAGUCCGACACGGAUCACCCGGCUGCAGGAGAAGCACCAGCUCCGGGACCUCAACGACCGGCUGGCCGUCUACAUCGACAAGGUCCGGAGUCUGGAGUCCGAGAACGAGGUCCUCCACCUGCAGAUCAGCGAGAAGGAGGAGGUGAGGAGCCGGGAGGUCGGCGGACUCAAAGCCCUGUACGAGACGGAGCUGGCCGACGCCCGCCGCAGCCUGGACGACUCGUCCAAGGAGCGGGCCUGGCUGCAGAUCGAGCUGGGCAAGAUCAGGAGCGAGCACGAGCAGCUGCUGCACAGCUACAAUAAGAGGGACCAGGACGCGGCUGGAGCUCAGGCCAGAUCCCAGGACCUGGAGGCCCAGCUCAACUCCAGAGAAGCCACGCUGGCUACAGCCCUGUCUGAGAAGAGGGGCCUGGAGGCCGCGCUGGCUGACCUGCAGGAGGAGCUGCAGGAGCUGGAUGCAGGUCUCACACAGGCCAAGAAGCACCUGACAGAUGAGAUGCUGCUGCGCAUUGACCUGGAGAACCGCUGCCAGAGUCUGACGGAGGACAGUGACUUCCGUAAGAGCAUGCACCAGGAGGAGGUGAAGGAGGCGCGGCAGCGGUACGAGAGCCGACUGGUGGAGGUCGACUCUGGACGGAAAGAGGAGUAUGAAUAUAAACUGACUCAGGCUCUGACUGACAUGAGGAACCAGAACCAGGAGCAGAUCAACCUGUACAAGGACAAUAUGGAGAGUACCUACCUGACCAAGCUCCAGGACCUGCAGCGUCUGUCAGAGAUUAACGGAGCCUCGGCGUCUUCGGCCCGAGAGGAACUCCAAGAGUCGUCUGUGAGGAUGGAGAGCCUCAGCGCUCAGCUGGCCGCCCUGCAGAAGGAGACCCGUGGUUGGCGUGAUCGUAUCCUGGAGCUGGAGGCGGCGUUGUCUCAGGAGAAAGACACGAGCCGCAAGUUGCUGUCGGACAAAGACCGGCAGCUGGCGCAGAUCCAGGCCAAGAUGCAGCAACAGUUGAACGAAUACGAACAGCUGCUGGAUGUUAAACUGGCUCUGGACAUGGAGAUCAACGCCUACCGCAAACUGCUGGAGGGAGAAGAAGAAAGACUGAAGCUGUCUCCCAGCCCCUCGUCUCGAGUCACGGUGUCCAGAGCAUCGUCCAGCAGCCGCAGCGUUCAGACCACUCGGGGGAAGAGGAAGCGCGUGGAGGUGGAGGAACAGGAAGCCAGCAGCUCCGUGUCCAUCGCUCACUCUGCGUCGGCCACAGGACCCAUCUCCAUCGACGAGAUCGACACUGACGGGAUGUUCAUCUGCUUCCACAACAGUGGAGAUCAGGACCAGGCCAUGGUGGGAUAUGAGAUGAGUCAAACAAUUGGAAAUGCCACAGCCACCUACAAGUUUACUCCCAAAUACGUUUUGAAGGCUGGACACAAGGUCACGGUGUGGGCGUCUGACGCUGGUGUGAGCUCCAAACCUCCCACAGACCUGGUGUGGAAGAACCAGUCCUCCUGGGCUUCGGGCCAGGACGUGCAUGUGGUGCUGCUGAACCCUCAGGGAGAGGAGGUGGCGAAGAGAACCACGACGUACAGGACGACAGGAGGCGAGGAGCAGGGUGAGGAGGAGGAGGAGGAGGAGGAGGAAGAUAACGGGGUGGAGGCCGUUGAGGAAGACCUCUUCCACCAGCAGGGAGACGGACGCUCCGCCAAGAGAGGCUGCUCCAUCAUGUGAUCGCCCCCCGCGCCCAGCCAGUCUGCUGACAACUGUAAUACUAUAACUAUUUUUCUAUCUUUUGUAGUGUAUUUCAAUAAAGUGUUUGAAUUUUAUUUUAUCUUUUUAUUUCUCAUAAAAAUACCAGACUGCAUUUGGUCAGUGUAUUUUUAACAGAAACACCAAAACAACGUGGGGACUGAACCAAAUCUGUAUUCGUAGUUCAGGACCUUUGUGACUCAAGGACACACUGUUUUUAAUUUUGUAAUUUUAUUUUAUAUUUUAUUGUUGGUGCUUUUCUUAAGGUCUUUAAAUCACAAGAGCAGCCACUCGAUCUCGGUCGUUAGUUCAGGUCAUGGGCGGCUUUAGAUCACUUUUACACUAAAGCUCUGUCACAGGAAUCACAAAAUGUCAGCAGUUACAUGAUAUAGUCUUUUUAUUCUUCUAGAUUAGAAACAAAGUGAAAUGCCACGAUUGUAUGAUUGUAUUCACAAGGAAGAGGGGACAGUUGCUGGGUCACCUGUCGGAUCUGAAACUGUAAUGACGAGUUGUGUAAAAACGAUCGGACCUGAGGAAACGUCUUUUGACAACGUUCUGUUCCACGUGGCCUCUUGAAUGUGAGUUUCUCUUCUCAGAAUAAGAACUGCACAACUCAGUGAGAAGUGUUGAACUUUUGAUAUUUGAAGUGUUUGAAGAACUUUAGUCCGUGUGUUGUUAUGCAUGCUGUUGCUGUGAUCUUUAUAGUUGAACGAUUAAAUGUUUUCAUGUA